AGAAUCAAACGUGGGCUCAUCAGCUAUAGCACGCGCUCUCCCUUGUCCCUCAUGUGACCUCGAUUGCUCGUCUGCUGUCGGCGUUCAGGUACUGUUAUGUAGCAGCGACGUCGUCGCCUCUGGACUGAGUCGUUAAAUCUUUCGUCCCAGAUCGAUACCGUACCGCUAUUGGGUACGCUCGACCAGAUCGAAAUUCGUAGGGGGGUGAGCGAAUUAGGCAACUAUGAUCUAGGAUAUUAGCAUACAUGGGUAAUCCUCAGCAGCCAAAAAGAAGAGUGGCAUUUUUGUUGAUUGAUGGUGUGGGUGAUGUGUCAAUACCAAAGUUUGGAUUUAAGACUCCUCUUCAGGCGGCCAAAGUACCCAAUUUGGAUGCCAUUGCAUCCGCUGGAGUUAAUGGUUUAAUGGACCCUGUUGAAGUUGGUUUGGGUUGUGGAAGUGACACAGCUCACCUUUCUCUACUGGGUUAUGACCCUAGGGUAUAUUACCGCGGCCGAGGCGCAUUUGAAUCCAUGGGUGCUGGAUUGGCCAUGUCACCUGGUGAUAUUGCAUUUAAGUCUAAUUUUGCAACCUUGGAUGAAAGAACUGGAAUAGUCAUCAGUAGGAGGGCUGACAGACACUUUGAAGAAGAAGGCCCCAUACUGUGUGCAGCACUUGAUGGAAUGAAGCUGCCAUCUUUUCCUGAAUAUGAAGUCAGAGUCAGGUAUGCAACAGAACAUAGAUGUGGAGUGGUUGUUAAAGGACCAAAUCUAAGUGGAAAUAUAUCAGGAACAGACCCGUUGAAGGACAACCGUUUACUUUUGCAAGCUGAAGCUCUAGAUGGCACCGAUGAGGCGAGGCACACAGCUAAAGUUGUUAAUGAGUUAUCCAAGGAAAUAUCACAUAUUCUCGUUGCUCAUCCACUGAAUGCAAAACGAGCUGCUGAAGGGAAGAACAUAGCUAAUCUUGUCCUUUUACGAGGAUGUGGUAUUCGAAUUGAGGUUCCUCCAUUUGAAAAGAAACAUGGGUUAUGGCCUUGUAUGGUAGCUCCCACAAAAAUCAUUGCUGGACUGGGCCUAUCUCUUGGCAUUGAUAUCCUAGAAGCUCCUGGAGCAACAGGAGACUAUCGAACACUUCUAACUUCCAAAGCAACUGCAAUAGCUAAAGCACUUUCAGCUCCUCUGCAGUCUUGCCCCAAUGUGUUUGUACCAGGGGAAGAUGAGCACAAACCAGGUCGAUUGGAUGGCUAUGAUUUUGGGUUCCUUCAUGUUAAGGCUAUAGAUGAUGCAGGUCACGACAAGGCAACCAUCUUCAAAGUCAAAGCAUUAGAAGCUGUAGAUCGAGCUAUAGGGCAGCUGUCCAGGCUCCUUUGGGAGAGUGAGUCAGCAGGAAAUUUCAAGUACUUCCUUUGCGUAACUGGAGACCACUCUACCCCAGUUGAAUAUGGAGACCACAGCUUCGAGCCAGUUCCAUUCACAAUAUGUCCGUUGAAAGAUUUUGUGGAUGCGGUAGGCGUGGAAACCAUCUUGGGAGGUUCUCUUGAUCCAUUUCCUCUUCCAACUGUGAAAGAUGGUGAACAUCUAGCUGAAGAUGUGAAGAUUGAACAUGGGGAGAGAAGCAAACAGCCUCGAGCUUUCCGCGGUGAUUCAGUUUAUGAGUUCAAUGAGAUUGCAGCAGCAAGGGGAUGCCUUGGGCGCUUUCCUGGUGGGGAGAUGAUGGGUGUAAUAAAGAACUUCCUUAAGCUAGAUGCAUGAGCUGCUCUAGUCUGAAAGUUGUUGGUGCUGCCAUUUGGCUUUUGGGUAUGCCCAAAUAAGGUUUAUCUUAAUUGGAAAAUGGCUACAACUCGAAUUUUGAUAGCCUCCUCCGGUGAUGUUUAGGGAAAUAAGUCAAUCUGUACAAGUUUAAUAAGCUGGCCCUAAAGGUUUUUAUUUAUUUGUUUCUUUUGUUGUGGCGCUUUUUAUCUCUUGAAUGGAUCUCUUGGGAUAUGCUUCUUUUCUGGUAUAUGGUUAUUACUGGUCACUUUUGUAGGGUUGGUGUAAGGAUGGGAUAAUUGUAAUUCUCUUAUAAACAUAUCCACAUCUCCUUUAAAGGACUA